AUGUGGAUUCAAGUAAGGACAAUGGAUGGUCAGAGAAGUACGCAGGUGGAUCAGCUAAGCAAGCUCACAAAAAUUGAAGAGCUUCGCAUCAAACUGGAAGCCGCAUUUGAAGUAUCCCCCAACAUGCAAAGGCUUUUCUUUAGAGGCAAGCAGGUAAUUUAUUUGGCUGCGUUAUGCUAACUCCCUGAGUUGUGGAUUUAUUUCUCCCAUCUUUGUAUUUAAGUUAAUGUCCUUCUUCAUGGCAAAGGAUUUAUCUCUGCAUUGCGCCUUUUCUGGUCUGAUAAAGGCAUAAGACAUUGGCUAUACGAAACUGUACAAAUGUAACAGUACUUGCUAUCGCCAGAGCCUUGUUGCCUUAUUCUGUAAUAUAGUAGUUCUGUUCUUUCUAAUGUUUACUUAAUGAUUUUAAAAAAAGUUGUUUGUCUUCUUUUUAACCCUUUCAUCCCAGAUUAGUUAUGGCCACAAUUUGUUACUCCAACUUUUUAUCUUAUGAAUGAAACCCUCUUUUGUUACCAUUCAAAUGAAUCCUUAGGCAGAUCUUCUACCUCAUGCUAUUUAUUUAUAUAUUUAUUUAUUUAUAAGGGUUUUAUGAGAUGAGUAGUAGAGGGUGAUGACCAUUGCUAUCACACAGUGUACACUGCUAAAAGUAAAGUUGAGCAAUCAUUGGAAUUUUUAUUAACAUUUCCAUUUUGGACAAUUUGUCCUGAGUACACAAAAUGUUUAAUUGAAAUAUUGUACUUUAAAUUCUCAUGAGUCAUCUCAUAAAAAUCGUAGUGUAAAAAUAUUUGAAACAGUACUUGAAAUUGAAAACGUGCAUUUCAAUGACACUUCAAACUUAUUUUAUUCGAUGUGCAUGAACAUGAACAUGUAUGAUGAGGUGAUACAAUAGAUGAAUACAAACUGCACAUGCUUCUAACUCCAUUUCAAGCAAAUACAACUACCUUAGGGCUAGUAUUUAGAAUGUAUUGUCCCACUAACAUCCCCAUUUGCAACAGUCUCCUUUUCUUUCUUCUUACAUCAGGACAGAAACAAGAAAAUAAAGGAAAAAAAACGUACAAUUUAUUUCAUUUGUUUGAGUCAUUAAGGCCUCACUGUAUAGCUCAAUAAUACAUCACAUACAGUGUAUAUAACAGUAGGGACUCUGUAACAUGUAGUGAGCAUGAUACUUGCAACCUUGUGCCAAAAAAAUAUAUAGAUGAACAGCUACAGUUUGUUUACUAUAUUUUUUUUCAGGCUCAUUUUCUUUGAAGAUAUCAAACAUUUUAAAAUUAUAAUCUUGUUAAUAUUUUUUUACCAUUAUGGUCAUUUUCAGUUAAGCUUAUUAGUUCAGAAAACAGAAGUCUUUUGAAGUGGUUUAUAAGGGUUUGGAUCUCAGCCAGAUCAACAGGCAUGACUUCCGUACCAUUCUUCUGGAUGGUUUCCAAAAGUGGAAAUAAUAUUGUGGAAUAAAUUGGUGUACUCAAGCAAACAUCACCAUAGAAAUGUCAUAGGAGCUCAUUACAUGAGCUUGAAUUAAUAUUACACGACAUCAUAAUGGGAAUGAUGCUGAACUGCUAAAAGUACAACUGGAGGACUUUCAACCUCUGUCUUUGUUAUCUAUUGUGUAACAUCAAAAAAGGGAUAUAAUUUAAGCUUUGCUUGAUUCGGCAAAGUUCAAAAGUUAAAUAUGCUAGUGCAUGGUACAUUUAACCAUUAGUCUUUUUGCCAAAUACAAUGCAAGAGUUUCUUUGCAGCAAUUUGAAAUUGGAUUCAAUUUACCAAUGGUGAUCACCCCAUACAUACUAUAAUAUAAAAACAUAAGAAAGAAUGCGAUUUGCUCAGUUGACCCUCAUAAGUGUGAGAAUAUUAUGGUAGAAUCAGUAACAAGAAUUAAGUUUCAAAAUGGAUGUAGUUUCAUCCAAAAUAUUGUAUAAAUAAAAAAAGAAGGGGAAAUCUUGAAAAUUGCACCAUUAUUUCCUCUAUUAUAGAUGGAAGGCUUAUUAGAGGCCCAGAGUGUAAUGAAAUGUUCAUGGUUUGGAUGAAACAACAUUCAUUUUGAAAGUCAUAUUUUCUUUUCUGCUGAUUCUACAGAAAAAUAUGGUUUAUUACACUCUCAGCCUCUAAUAAGCCCCCUGUCAGUAAGCCCCUGGUUCAUAAUAGAGGAAAUAAUGAUAAACUGUACAUGUACAUUUAACAUUUAAGAUAAUCCCCACUUUUUUUGGAAAUUUAUUAUUAUCACUAGUCAUAUUGUGGGGGAUUUCUGAGAUAAAGAGCAAUAAAUUUGUUAAGUUCAAUACUUGAUAAGUGAUAAAAAUUGAACAUGUGCACAUGUAAGUUCAAGAUCUGUACUGUAAGUUAGACACCUAGUCUGAGGGGAAGUACUCCGGAUUUCAGGUGAUUGGGAUGAUCGAAUGGGGGCAAAACUCAAAACCCCAAAAAAUCCCUGGAUCAAAAAUUAACCCCCCCCCCAAAAAAAAAAUCCCAUGCUUAAUUUCCAAGCCUUAAAAAUUUCCAGAAAGCUUUCAAAUAGUGAUAUAACACAAAAAAUAAAAACAUUAGAAAAAAGCAUUUACAGCACUAUGGGGCCGGGAUUUGCAUGCACUACCAGGAAUCUUCAGAUUGUUUUGAAUACCCCAAGAAAUCUCUACUUAAAGCAAGCCACCCAAAAAAAUCCCGGUAUCAAAAAUUUCAAACUCAAAAAAAUAGUUCGAUCAUCCGUGUCACUUGAAGUCCGGAGUACUUCCCCUGGGCACCUAGUUUAUAAUGACUUGUGCCCUUCAGGCUUGAACCAGAAAUCCAAGCAGUAAAGAAAAAAGAACAGAAAAAAUUGUAGUGCAUCUUUUUCAUUGUGUUUGACAGCAUUUAACCAGCACAAAGUUGACUUUUAAAAUUUGUGUGGUUGUCAUCUGCUGUAAAUGUCAUUUAAAAUCUUUCUAAUACCAAUAAUUUUAUUUCUGUAUUAAUUUAUCCCUCUUUUAAAUUUGUUUAAUUCCUAGCUCGAAGAUGGUCACACACUAUUUGACUACAACGUUGGGUUGAACGACAUUGUGCAGCUGAUGAUAAGGACAGCUCCACCAACCGCUGAUGACAACAGUAAAGGCAAAAAAGAAACUAAAAAAUCAGAAAAUAAAGGAUCCUGCGAUUCACUCGUUAAUGGCCAUGUCUCUAAUGAUGAUGAGGUAUAUUUGCAAGAAUAAAAAUUAAAUUUGUAAUUAGAAGGGGCAGGCUAUAAAGGAUUGAUUUUACUGCAAAUAAUGAUCUAUAGAAGCCGUUCAUCUAUAAGAUGCCUAAAUUGUGUGUGAUUCCACAAUGUUUUGGCUCCAUCAACAGUCUAUCACUGAGAUCUUUUCUCAUAUUGUUAAUGAAACUCAGCAACAGUAAGUAGCCAUGAGUGGCACAACUAGCACCAUCAUGGCAGCAAAAAGAAACAUGCUUACUACCAGUGGUAGUGUCGCCAAAUGUCGGCUGUUUUCUUGGGCUACAGUUUACUAUGCACCAACCAAUUACUUCUGAGAGGGGCCAAGCUAGAAGGCACAAACCCUUCCCCAAACUCUCAGUCAAAUCUGUCUUCCAGAUUGAGCACUUAUUUUGGGCACAGUUGCUCUGAGAGCUCUAUAAUAAACCAAUGAAUAAAUGCAGUCAAAGCUCUAUUUGUGGCCACCUCUCAUAGGCCACCUGUAGCUGUUCUUGUGGCUGUUGUUUAACAACACAUAUUUCUCUCAGUCUUCGUUUUGCUUUACCAAAGAAUAUCUUUUAUCUGUUUGGUCACAUAAAGGCCCAAGCAUUUUCAAUUUAGGAACUAUUGUUUUUUGAAGUGGGACUCAAUGGUUCUGGAGUGGGACUCAUGAUAUUUCACAAGAUGAGUCUUAGGACUCACCAUAACUAUUUGUAACAAAAUCACUGGUUACAACAAGGAACUACACUAUAAGUAACUUUGAAAUUAAAUGCAAUGAAUUAUUUGCCAAAAAGUGGAUUUGACCGAACCUCUUCUCAGAGAGACCCUGUACGGCUUGAUUAUUGUAAGCAACCUCCUCCCAUACAUUUUGGGUGGUCCCUUACAAGAGGUUCAACUAUACAGUCAACUCUUUUUGAGAUGGACACCUUGGGGACCUGCAGUAGGUGUCCGUCUUAGAGAGAUGUCCGUUUUACAGAGAGUCAAAGAAAGGGAGUAAAGAAAGGCAGGGACCAACUCUGAGUGUCCAUUUUACAGAGGUGUCUGUUAAGAGAGAGUAGACUGUAGUAUCUUUAUAGCUGGCUAGUCUCCCAGCCCCCUUUUUUGAAUGAUCUGCGAUCCGGGCCUGCUAGGGUAUCCUAUAAAGGUAGCAAAAGGCUUUUAAAGAGAGUUACUUUAUGGACAAUGCAAGUAAACUGCUAUGGCUUCCACAGAAGAGUAGUAAAACUACUGAUGCCACUGUAAAUGUUAUCUGAACACUCAGUACUUUUAGUGUGGUCUUAGGUUUAACUAGUGUAAAUUGUAUUCAAGAUUCUUCAAUCUCACUUCUCUGUUUAAAGAGGUUCAUAUUUCUUUAAUUAAGGAUAUGGAGGACAACAAAAGUGAACCAGGCACAUCAGAAGACCAAACUUUGAAAAGCGUUUAUAAAGUGCGUAUCAUGACUACCAGUAUUUUUAUUAAUUUAUUAAUUGUUUAUUAAUUGUUAUUCUUAAAUAUUUUUUUGUUUAUAAAUUCUUUUGCCAUUUCUUCUUUUGGUGUACACUGUAUCAAACCCCUGAUGGUAUAAUUCAUUAAUAAUUUUUACUGGUUUAUACAUUCUGUUUCUCAGAAAGGUGAAAUGAUAGAUGCUAAAGAUCCCACCAUGGGAGCUUGGUUUGAGGCAAAAAUAAUGGACAUAUCAUUGGCAGAUGAAAAUGACCUGUCUUCCAUUCUGUAUCAUGUGGUUUUUGAUGGGUAAGACACAAUACUACUCUCUUCCUUGAACAGCCAUUUCAUACUAAGCAACCAUUAAACAGUCAAUCAGUUCUGCUGUCAAAGGUUCAAUCAAUCAGUCCAUUACUAAAUGUAUUGUUUGGUCAAUGAAGAUUCAAUAAUGACUGUAUUUGUAGUGAGGAGAAAAUAUUAUGUCAUGUUGCCAUGGUAGAAAAUUUCUGGAUGACAAUAAACCGAAAACAUCAAGGUUGUAUUUCUUAGAAUUCCCACAAGUUGAAAUAAAUUUUGAAAUUUUUCUGUCCAGUGGUGAAUAAUAUGAUAAGAAUUUCAAAGAAAGGUGUUUUUAUAAUUUGUUGCUGAAAGGCUGUACAUCCACCACUUUCACUAAAUUAAGAAGGUGUAAAGAAGGAAGGUUAUUGGUCCAAAAAAUUAGUACAUAAAAUUUGUUUUCUUAUAUCCUUCAAGAAGUUGUAUAUUGUGUAGGAGGAUAUGAUGUCCCUUUAAAGUCACUUACUGAUAUCAGUUCUUCUUGUUAAUCUAUAGAUACGAGGAAGAUGAGAUACACAAACUACCUGAGAGUGCUAUCAGACCCAUAGCAAGAACAGCGCUCACAUGGGACCAAGUGAGUAUGUCAUUGAUCUCAAUCAAUACGUGUAGAUGAGUUUUGGAACUGGUGACCAGAAAGCAGAGGGGGUCACUUUGGCCACCAGCUCAGGAUGGUGAUAACCAUGGCAACCUGUAAGCAGAAACCUCCCCCCCUUCGCCACAAAUGACCUUAUCAAAGCUUUAUCAGACUUGAACAUCAGUGAAAAUAUUAUACUGUACCCCCUACACCAACUUCUUGUUAAACCUGCAAAGAACAAAAAUCCAUGGUGGGUUGGAAGAUUCAUCUUUAGCUACCUCAAAAUGCUGUUAUUUUUGUUCCGAAUUCCAAUUGAUUUCUACCACCCAUAUGUAAUGUCAUACUGUUAUUUUCUUUAUCUUUCUUCCCAGAUUUCAGUUGGUCAGAUAGUGAUGGCUAACUACAAUCCAGAUGAACCAGAUGAGAGAGGCUACUGGUAUGAUUUCAAAAUCACAAAAAAGGUACUGAGGAAAUGAAAAUAGUAUAAGGCAGAGGAUCUGAUUUGCUUGUUCAUCUCAUCUGAUAUAUUUUCUACCCUUGGAUUAAUUUGACAGUAUGAUGGUCUUACAAGAAACAGCAGAGAACUCUAUGCUAGAUUAUCAUUAGGGUAAGGAAAAUAAUUUUGUUCUUUCCCGGCGAAGGAAGUGCAGUAAUCCAGAAACUCCCAAAGUUAAUUGUUGGGACAUGGGAAAUUCCAGUUUUCCAGUAUUUCACAAAACGUUCCCUUGUUUGUUUAUGUUUCUUUCUAUCUGAGGCUACGUUCACAAGGCACACUGUGAAUUUUCAAGAAGACUGAACUUUUGAUGAAGAUGGAAAUGGAUUGCACUUUUAUUGUUAGCCUAACAGUAUUUUAAAGUUCAUUUUUGUUUUUAGUAAUGUUUGCAAAUAUGACUUGGGAGACAUUAAGCUCUGAUUUUGUCAUUGACAAGUAUACUACACUGUAGUUUUUCAAGUUCCAUUGAGAAUAAGGAUGCGUAAUUGGCAUAAUAGAAAAAGUGAACUAGCCAGCUGUGACACAGUUCAGCCCCUUAAAUGAAAAACAAUUUGAAUCAUAAUGUGUUUCUGGGAAACUGCCCACCUACCCCUCCCUUAAGCCAACAUUUUGCCCUAAAGGAGAAGUAAGUGUUAAUGUUGGCUUAGGGGAGGGGUAGGUGGGCAGUUUCGCAGAAACAGAAAAUGAUCCAACAAUCGUCUUUUUAUUGAGCACUAUACACUGUAUUAAGCAUUGACCUAGCCUUUGUUGCUUUUUUGGUUUAAGAACCAGCACAGAAGACACAGUUUCUCAGGAAUGUAGACUCAAAUUCAUAGACAAAGAAAUAUUCAAGAUUGAAAGUCCCCCAGGUAACUGGUUUAGCACUUAUUUGCAAAAUUACUGGUGCUUUCUUGUAUCCUUCCAUGACCCUUCUAACUUUUAGCCUCCAAAAAAUGCAUAGAAUGGUUUAUGUAGUUGAAGUUCAUGAGUAAAAAGUAAGUGUAAAGAUCCUUAUUUUGGUUUUUCAGUAACUCCUACAGCCUGUAACAGUAAUUCAACUGACAAGCCUGAGGCUGACAGUGCGUUCAUUUUACCCUCUUUCUCAACAUCAGUGUUCCAUUUUAUGGGUAUUUAAAGCUACAUGGAAAGGUCAAAAGUGGAAGCAAGCACUUGAAGUCACUGCUACGAAUCAAACUUAGAACCUGUCCCACAGAAGGCCACAUACUAUCAGCUGUGCUAAUCCUUGCUCCUUCAACCCUUUAAACCCUAAGAUCAAAAUUGGAAUUCUCAUUUGUUACUCCUAUUCAUUUCCUACAGAAGUAGUUGGGAGAAGUUGGUAAAAUAUCAAGCAAAUUCGUCUUGUGUGAUCAUGUCCGUAAUUCUCAUGACCACUCUGUUUUACAAAGCAUUGAUAUUACUAAGAGAAAUUUAAUGCUGAUGACUUGCAGGGAUUAAAAGGUUAAAUUAAGUGACAAAAUUAACUCAAAAGCUUGUUGUAUUUUGAUGUACUGUUUGUAGAUCCUAGCAAUUCUGAGGAAUCCACAAGUUCACUUAAUGGAAAAACAUCCCCAGCUAAAAGUAUGCAUUGUAUCAUUUUGAAAUACUGUGUUAAUAAUUUAUUUAUUAGUUUUGCAUUUUUUGUAUGUUUCUGCAGCUGUAUUUGAACACGUAUAUUCUGUAAUUUUAUUUCAGUUAAUUUUUUUUCUUGGUCUUUCAGGGCAGGUGAAACCUGAUUGCAAUUACUGUAAAGAUAAUCCAAAUAAAUCCUGCAAGCAUUGUGCAUGCCACAAGGUACUUCAUAUAUCAUUGAGUAGUAUGGAGUGUUAGGGAGUGAUAAUUAAUUUUAGGGAACAUAGCAUACUUGGCCUUUCCUCCACUCCUUCCUCAACCUUACCUUUGCUGUUACCCCCUCCCCCAAAUGUGCAAGAAUGCUGAUCUAACAAACAUGCAUGUGUAUCUUGCUACCAUUUCUACAUGUAAAUCAGUUCUCAAUAGUCAAAAGCUACCUUAAUCUGUUCACUCCUAGGCCAACAAUGAAGGUCAAAAGUGUAGGGAACUUCCCAGUGAUAAUUAUUAGCAAACUGGGGACCUCUCCCCUCUCACCCCAAACAAUGUUGAAUGGGUAGAAAUGAGUCCUCUUUAGGUUGCAACAUUACUGGGGAAGGGCUGGGGGAUGGAGGGGUGAACUUAAAGCAAAUCAAAAAAUUGUCAUUAGGAGCAGACUCCUAUGUCACAAUAAUUCCUUGGAAUGUUUUUUUCAGCUGUCCCAGGAUAUUUUGUCCCUCUAACAUUUUAUUCUGAGUGAGUUAGCCAAAAUUUGUCUGUUUUGUUCAUUUGUCUUCUGACAGUGUGGUGGAAAGGAGAACCCAGGUGACCAACUGCUGUGCGAUGAAUGUGACAUGGCUUAUCAUAUUUACUGUUUAGUUCCUCCACUUGAAAAAAUUCCUGAUGACGACGAAUGGUAAGAAGUUUUCUUAGUCCUCGUCCAGGAGAAUACAAAAUUAAGUUUCUAAUGUAUUUGUUGGCUGUGUGUAUUAAGUUAGGCAAUACCAUCACGUUUUCAACAACAUCCAUGAGUUAACGAGAGUUUCAUGAAUAAUUAAUAAGAUAUGUUAUUAUAUCAUAAAAGCUUUAAACACUAUAUAGAACAGUACCUCCCUGCCUGCCUGCCUGCCUGGUUUUGACGCUGAUGAUGUUCAUUCAUUGAUUUUCAGGUAUUGUCCACUCUGUAAAAAUGACACUUCAGAGGUAAGGUGUAACAAUAUUGUUUGUUCAGGCUCUCAGGGCCCACACUGGGUAAAGUUCCCAGAUGGUUGCUUGUGCCCUGCUCUGUAAGCACAUGUAGUUGAGAAAGCUUUCUUGUGAGUUGUGGUCUACGGCUUCUUUCAAGUUCCUUGCCUCACGACUAUAGUACAUGGGUAUUGGUUAAUAACUUGAUCAGUAUGCAGAGGCAUAUACCUACCACUAAUGCACGCAAAGUAUGCACAUUUCAAAUCAGCGGCUAAGCAUGUAUGUCAGGGUGGACAGUGAAACAAUAUGUAUGCCAGUAACCUUGAAUUUGAAAGUCUACCAUAAGUUGUUUUAUUUUAGGUUACAUUGUUGGUCACAUUAAGAGUUUUGGAUGGUUCUAGGGAGUGGCCAUGCCCUUUUAUCGAAAAUAACCUUUGGAACUGAAGCCAUAUGUAAAAAUCCACUUGUUAAAUUUUUAUUGUAAGGUCUACUUCCCUCUGUCCCAACCAGUACAUUUUAGAUACCAUUACAAAAAUCAGUUUAGGUCAUUCCUUUUUUUUUUUUUUUUAAUUAUAGUUCUCUUUUGUUUCUAUAGAUUAUCCACGCUGGUGAGAAACUAAGGGAAAGCAAAAAGAAACAAAAAAUGGCAUCUGCAAAUUCAGCUUCAAACAGAGAUUGGGGAAAGGUCUGUUACUGAGUAGAAAUUGUUUUAUGCUUUCACUUUCAAGAUGGCUAAACAUUUGACAAAUAAAGAAAAAACGAAAUUUCCAAGCUAAUGUACUGCAAAAAAUGGUAGCACUUCUUUAAAAGCGAGAAAAUGGAAGUUUUAGCAUGUCAGCAUUAGUGUUUUCAUUGCCUUCAGUGCAGCAUCAGGUAAUUCUCGUCAAAUUUCUUUCCUUGGUGGGAUUCUGCAAGCUACGCUGUUAUCUAAAAAGUAUCAUAAAUUACUUAUUUUAAUUAAAAUUCGUUAAUUAUUAUUAUUGUUUGACACACCAACUCUAUGGUCCAAACUCUAUAUCUUCUGAGUGUAAAUAUUUUUUUGUAACAGAAGUCUUGAGGCCUGUUGCCAUAAACGCCAUUCUAAACCUCUCUUUGUCGUGUUGUGUUUUGUAGGGUAUGGCUUGUGUUGGUCGCACAAAAGUAUGUUCUAUAGUGCCUCCAAACCAUUUUGGACCUAUCCCUGGUGUGCCUGUUGGAUCAGCGUGGAAGUUCAGGGUUCAGGUUUGUUGCUGGAGACCUUUAGAUUGUAAGACAAAACGAAUACGAGAACUUCUCAACACUAAGUAGUGCGCGCACGUGAACCAGCGUCAUUUUGGCGGGAAAACGUGAUAGCCGUCAUCUUUCUACUACGGGUUUUAGCGAGAAUACGGUGUUUAAGCAGCGACGUUUUUGAGCGACGCACGUCAACCGGACGUGAGCCUUUUUCUCUUUUAAUAUGCCUUGACGCUACGAAAUUUGUAUUGCUAAGUGUCUUUACUCUUAAAGAGAAAAUUUGCCUAAAAUCAUGUUCAAAAUCACGGCUCAAGAGUGCAGUAAGUCAACUUCCGGUUUACAUGCGUCGCUCAAAAACGUCGCUGCUUAAACUCCAUAAUGUCGUAGUGACGGAAACAAGUUAUCAAUUGAUAGAAGUUUUAUCAUUUUGUGAUCGGGAGAGGGCUUAACCUCCUUCAAUAAAGAUAACAGUGCUAACUUUUCUGGUGAGUCAAAAGUACAAUGAAGCUUUCCAGGGUGCCUAUAUUUUUUAAGAAUACGCGAAAAAAACUUUCAGUCAAAUUUCGUACUCGUAGUCGUUCUCUACUGUUAUAGACUACAGUCGAACUAAAUUUUCUCUUGCACGCUUUAUUUUGACUUACAAAACUCAUUCGCAUUAGUUUACUUCUUAACUGCCAUUGUAGAAGUACGCCGCUCUUGCUACAUUUGAAAUUAUCACCUUAAAAAUUCAAAGAUAAACUUCGAUGGGCAACUUGUACAGGUGGAAGUGAUCUUUCGAACUAUGCCCAAAUGCCUGCGAUUUGGGUUUACGGGUCAGCCUUUUCCCGGCACCAAGAUAGUGAUGUAUGGAGAUCCUGAAAGCUGAUGCGAAAAACGCGUUGGGUUUUCCCACCACCACUCCCUUCCCUUCGGUAAAGCGGGCAACAAAAAUUUUCAACUGUGUGCAACAUUGCUUCCAAACGACUUAAAAAGCAAAGUUGUGCGUGUCACCACCUUUUUUCAAACCUGUCUUGCAACAGUAAACACUUAGGCCUCGGUUUAGGAAAUCUUUAGACCUCCAGAUCUCUUUCUUCUUGUUGCCCGUCUUGCCGUCCUGUUAUUUUCGCCUGACUUUGUUCCACAACCUCCCCACUAUUUGACAGCCUGGCACAGGCUAUACAGCCAUGUGAAAUUUCACGUAAUUUUGACGUGUAAAUUUUAAUACAAAUCGACCCGACUGUACUUUCUGAUUGUUCAAGGUUCCGUGGCAUUUUUGGCAAAUUGUUUCAAUUGAUUGCUUCUAAAGCAUCUCGUAAAAACCACAGGAAAUUCCCUCUUUUUUAUGUUAGGUGAGUGAAGCAGGAAUUCACCGGCCUCAUGUGAGUGGUAUUCACGGUCGAGAUUCUGAUGGUGCUUAUUCUAUUGUAUUAGCUGGUGGAUACGAGGAUGACUUGGUAAGUUGACCCUUUUACUGCCUGGUAUUGUAAAAUCCUACAAUUUAAAUGGUACUACCAAUAGUUCGGCUAAAGAGGAUUUCUCCUUCAGGUUAAAAAGUUUGAGUGAAAAAUCAUCGCUCCAUAGCUUGUUCUAGGAAUGAAAUCGUUAGAGUGUUACAAUAUGCGAGCCAGCGAGGCAGACGUGCGAGGCAGAUGUUUCAGGCAUGAACAAAACAUGCGAUCGGAGAAACGCAUCGGAGAAACGUUAAGAUCGGUCAUAUCAAUGCCAACAGCAUAGCCGGCUUUAAAUUCCACGAGAUCAAAAACUGGCUUAUGCGCGGAAGGUUCGACAUCUUGGCCAUCUCUGAAACAAAGCUGGAUAAAACAUAUCCUGACAGCCAGUUUGCCAUUCAGGGUUUCCGUAUGUGCCGAUCGGAUAGAAAUAUUUAUGGCGGUGGGGUUAUGAUAUUCGUACGAAGUGAUCUGUGUUUCACUGUGACAAAAAAGCUUGGAGACCAAAAUGGUAUCGAUACGUCAAACUUUCAGGACUGAACACAUCAUACUGAAAGUGAAGGUAGCAAAAUCUUGGCUCACUGUUAUGGCGAUUUACAGGCCUCCAUCUAUUCCAACAUCUCAGUGGAAAUUUGAACUGAGCAGGUUAUUUGAAGUUGUUACGACUUUUCCAAACGAUGUCAUCUGCGUUGGAGACUUCAAUAGUAAUCUGUUGGAUCCUAAGGACAGUGGUCACUUAAAAGAUUUACUGGAAAUAUACGGUCUCAAAAAUUUGAUUAAAUUACCCACUCGUAUAGGCAAGACAUCGUCAACUUUACUCGACUUGAUUUUAACAAACAACACAAGAAGAAUAUUUUCAUCGGGCGUAGUGGAUGCUCAUAUCAGCGAUCAUUCUCUAAUAUAUACUAUUUUGAGAACCACAGCUCCGCGAUUGCGAUCUCGCAAAAUACAACUGAGAAGUCUAAAGAAUUUUGACCAGGAUUUAUUUUUACGUGAUUUACAUAAUGUCCCUUUCCACGUUAUGGAGGUGUUUGACGAUAUUGACGAUAAACAAUACGUGUUUGAGUCACUGUACCUUGACAUUCUAAACGAGCACGCACCACAAAAGCAAGCACACAUAAGGGGCAAUCAAAUUCCUUUCAUGAACGAACAAUGGCGUAAAGCCAUUCGUCACCGCAACAAACUUUGGAAGAAGUUCACGCAUCAGAGGACCGACGCUAAUUACGCCGAAUAUAAGAAACAAAGAAACAAAUGCACGUCAAUUAGGCGCAAAGCGAUUAAAGAUCAUUUUAAAAACAAGUCAGAGACCGACAAUCCACGUGCAUUUUGGGAGGCUUAUCGUCCUUUUAUGCAUUCGAGGUCCAGUAAACAAGCCAAUGACAUCACACUAAUUGAAAACGAUGUGGUUAUUACGGAUAAGAAAGAACUAGCUGAAUUGUUCAACAACUAUUUUGUUCACAUCGUUGAUGAUGUACAGGACAUUAAAGAAAAUAACUUUGGAAAUGAAUUCAGUGCACACCCCAGCAUUCGAGCAAUUGCAGAGGAAAACAGAAGAAAGAACGCCACACAUAAUUUUAAUUUUAAAUACACCAAUAAGACCCAGGUUGAAAAACUACUAUCAAACAUCAACGCACGCAAGGCCUGCGGCCACGACACCAUAACUCCGCGGCUUCUUAAGGAAUCCGCUUCUGCGAUAUCUGGUCCACUAGCAGAGUUAAUGAAUGAAUCGAUCAAACAAUGCAAAUAUCCUUCUCGAUGGAAAAUGGGGCAGGUUACACCUCUUUUCAAGAAAAAUGAUGAAUUGAGUAAAGAGAAUUAUCGACCCGUUACUGUUUUACCGGCCCUAAAUAAUGUUUUUGAGAAACUUCUUGCUUCUCAACUAGACCAGUUCUAUUCUGAAAUAUUGUCUGACUACAUCUCAGCUUAUAGGAGACACUAUAGCUGUGAAACCUCGCUAAUGAGGUUAACAGAAGAUUGGAAGCGUAGUCUGGAUAAUAAACAAAUUGUUGCAGUGAUAUCAAUGGAUUUAUCUAAGGCUUUCGACACGAUACCGCAUGGACUCUUGCUGGCCAAGCUGAAGGCCUAUGGUGUUAACAGUAGAAGUUGUAUGCUUCUUAAAGAUUACUUACAAGGUAGGAUGCAGCGGGUGAAAGUAGGUGAUACAAGUUCUGAUUGGCAAGAAGUCAUGCGAGGGGUACCUCAAGGCAGUGUUCUUGGUCCAAUGUUUUUUAAUAUUUUCAUAAAUGAUUUAUUCCUACAAAUCAAAACUGUACAAUUAAAUAUGUAUGCAGAUGAUGGUCAACUCUACACCGCCGAUACGGAUCCGGUAUCUUUGGAAAGGCGUAUCUCGCGUGAGGUUAGCUCAGCAAAUGCCUGGUACGAGAUCAAUGGAAUGAUAGCAAAUCCCAGCAAACACCAAGGGAUGAUACUAGGAAAAACUGACCAUCAGUUUAAUUUCUCAGUAAAUGACUCAGUGGAACUUUUCGGCGUUACAAUUGAUAAAGAUCUUACGUUUAAGCAACAUGUGUCCUCUAUAUGUAAAAAGGUAAACAAUCAGUUUAGCGUUAUGUCAAGGUUUGGCAAACUGAUGUCUACUGAAACCAUGCUCCGUCUUUAUAAGGCAUUUAUACUUCCUCACUUUUAUUAUUGUUCUAUGGUGUGGCAUUUCUCUAGUAAACAAGAUUCUGAUAAACUGGACCUUUUAAACAAACGUAUUCUUCGAUUUAUUUUCAAGGAUUUUAACUCUGAGUACAAUAAUUUACUUAAAAAGGCAGGAACUGCAAACCUUAAGGACAAGCGUUUACAAAACAUGAUUCUCACUAUUUUUAAAUGUCUUCAUUUUUCUGAUUAUCCAAGAUAUUUAAAAGAUAUGUUUCGUUUACGCUCUAGCACCUAUUUUUUAAGAGGACAUAAUAUGCUCUGUUUGCCCAAACCAUCGACCACUUCUUAUGGUAUCAAUUCCUUUAGUUACUUGGCAGCAACAUCUUGGAAUUCUCUCCCUGACCAUUACCGCACUAUUUCUGAUUUUACUUCUUUUCGACGACUGAUAUCUACUGGGAACAAUAAUUUACUUAAAAGGGCAGGAACUGCAAACCUUUCUACAUCAUGAUAAUUUGCAAGUUAGUUGUCUAGGUAGUUAGUUAUCAUUUUUGCUAUAUAUAAUUAACUUUUUAUUAUAAUUAUUUAUUAAUGUAGUUGGCUCGAAGAUAUUAGCACUUGAGUGCUACACUGUAAAUUCGAGGGUAAAUAAAGUUUAUUGAUUGAUUGAUUGAUUUGAUGCGAGGCAGUGAUAACAUGUAAUGAAAUGAGGUCCACGCUUGGAUGGACAAGCCUCAAAUAAACGGCAGCUUUUUCCCGCGUAAUUGGACCCCGAGGGCAAGAUUAGUUCCCGCCAAAACUGCUCACUUUAACUUCAGCGUGAACGCCAUUUUUGUCAAAAAGGUGAGUGCACUUCAAGUGUUUCACAAGUACGCUUGAACACUUAGGAGCCUAGUGUGACCCUACCUGUUGAUGCCUUUGUACACAGGAAUACUGGAAAAGUUUCUUUUGGAGAUAUGAUAAGUAGUUUUAUCUUUUGAUUUUGUGGACCAAGUCCUAUACUACAGUCGAACGUGCGCCAGUAUGCACCUCCUUUAUACCCGCUAUCUUGUUAUUUCGUUAGGAUAAUGGAGAAGAGUUUUUCUACACUGGAAGUGGUGGGCGAGAUCUUUCCGGAAAUAAGCGCACAGCUGAGCAGUCAUGUGAUCAAACGUUGACAAAGAUGAAUAGGUAGUGAUAAUCAACAGGGAAGAUUUAAAGAAGGCGGCGGCAGCGAGAAAAUUUGCUUGAAAAGUGAAUUCUCCUUCUUUGAAUCUUCAACGCCAUUACGCCAACUCAUUUACUUGGUCAAAUGUUGGCGACCUCAUGGGAGUUGAAUUCCUAAGAAAAAUUUCCAUGUUGAGAAGUUUUGUCGUCGCUUGCUUACGUCCUCCUUAAAACGUGAAAUUGAAAAUUAUUCCAACUAAGGAACUUACCUUGUCAAAUGUAGGCGAACUCUCCUGGAGUUGAAUUCAAAAAGACCAUUUCCAAGUUCAGCAAAAGAAAGGAAAAAUUUUCGUCGUCGCUUGUUUACGUCUUCCAGAAAGCGUGGAAAGAGGAAUUUUCAUGUCUACCUCGUGCAGUGACAAAAAAGCGUGAUGCACGUGCAGAGUUGUUGUUUUGCAUAUUAUUUAAACCUAUUGCUUUUUUUACCUUCUCGUUUCCGUCGCCGUCGUCGUUACUUAAAGCCCCGUGCAAAUGAACGCAACAUUAGCCUGCGAGCAUCUCCGGGUUGCUCUGGCGGCGGAGCGGGAAAAGGAAAGAGAGCUUGCAACUUCGUCCCUGGAUUUUGAAUAUCUGCGUCGAAAAAGUCGAUGCGAAAUGCUGAUUGGCGGAGAUGACAUUAGUUAUGACGUCAUUACCCCUUGGCACGUGUUUUUCAAUGUUUGUUUACAUUCGCGCUCGAUUCCGCUUCUCGCUGAUUGGCGGAAAUCUGACAGCUCAGUCGACAGGGAACAACAGGCGAAUUGGAGAUGGAAUUCAAAUUCCAGAGACGUAGUUGCAGGCUCUCCUUCCUUUUCCCACCAUGCCGCCAGAGCGCCCCGGAGAGCUUGCUCGCAGACUAACUCAACAAUGUUGGAUGUUACACGUUGCAUCCGUUUGCACACCCUGUUAAUGUUGUUGCGUGUUGUUGGGAGUUGUUCUGCAAAGUAUGGAACCGAUCAAACGUUCAGAAACAAUGUUGGAAGUUUUUGCGCCCGUUUGCACGUAGCUUUAAGAGCUGGUUAAGGCUCAACAUCGAUGUGUCGAGCGUUGCACUUAAUGUAUUAAACAGUUAGUUGUAGGACGUUUUAUGUUCCAGGGCACUUGCAAAAAAUUGUGCAGCACCCUUGAGUGACAAGGAAGGAGGGGAAGCUAAGAACUGGAAAGAAGGCAAAGCUGUGAGAGUUGUAAGUUUCGGAUCAAUUUAGGUUAUUGUAAAACUGCCCACCUACCCUACCCCUAACCCAACAUUUUGCCCUAAGUGAGAAGUACGUUUUAAUGUUGAUUUAGGAGAGGGGUAGGUGGGCAGUUUCCCAGACUGCCUAAAUUGAUCAAAGUGUAUUUAUAACUUCAAGUUUUUAACUUAGUGUUGGGCUGGAGAGCUACCGACAUCCUGAAAUAUUAAAUUACGAAGUUAAAAAUGCCAGGAAGAUAGAUUCAGUAAAAUAAUUUAAAUAUUCUUAUCGUAGGUACAAAAACCGCUGAAACGGAAGUACAACGGUGGUUACAACAACCGUUUCUGAAACUAAAAACUUUUUGAACCCUUUUCCAUGCCUUUACGUCACAGGUUAUUGAAGUUAAGCCAAUGACCCUGUCUCUCCUUUAUCCAUCCUCAUGCUAGACUGCGAGCAGUCUCUUGAAAGUUUUUCUUUAGAUUUAGUGAGGGAGUGCACCAUGAGACGCGAGAAACGAGGGCGGCUCUCCCGUCUCCCGCCUUCAGUCAUGCGCGUGGUCAUUUUGGUGUCUCGCGAGUUUGCUCGACGGAGAAAGAAAAAAGAGACACUGCUCGUAGUCCAUCCUUAUUCUUAAUUUUUAAGGUUUUUUUCAUCCAUCAUGUUACAGGUCAGAAGUAGCAAGUUGGCUAAGCACUCAAAAUACGCUCCAGCCGAUGGCAACAGAUAUGACGGAAUAUACAAGGUAAGUACAGCCAGACAAUGUACUCCCCCGAGCAGGUUUGACUUGGGUUAAAAAAAUAACCCAACGGAUAAGCCAAUGAGGUGAGGUUCACCGUUGCUGAGAAAUUAUUCUUCCGUGGAUUACCUUAAACUGUAAUAUUCAACAAAUAGUCGUUUUUUCUUUAAAAAGUAUUUGAAAACUUACCACUUUUUUCUUUUACACGAUCUUUUCAAUACAUUUUUACCUUUUUUUGUUUUNCCCGCCUUCAGUCAUGCGCGUGGUCAUUUUGGUGUCUCGCGAGUUUGCUCGACGGAGAAAGAAAAAAGAGACACUGCUCGUAGUCCAUCCUUAUUCUUAAUUUUUAAGGUUUUUUUCAUCCAUCAUGUUACAGGUCAGAAGUAGCAAGUUGGCUAAGCACUCAAAAUACGCUCCAGCCGAUGGCAACAGAUAUGACGGAAUAUACAAGGUAAGUACAGCCAGACAAUGUACUCCCCCGAGCAGGUUUGACUUGGGUUAAAAAAAUAACCCAACGGAUAAGCCAAUGAGGUGAGGUUCACCGUUGCUGAGAAAUUAUUCUUCCGUGGAUUACCUUAAACUGUAAUAUUCAACAAAUAGUCGUUUUUUCUUUAAAAAGUAUUUGAAAACUUACCACUUUUUUCUUUUACACGAUCUUUUCAAUACAUUUUUACCUUUUUUUGUUUUCAAUCACCCUCCUAUGCCUUUCUUUUCUGAUCUUCGUUAAUUAGUAUAAAUGUUACAGAAUAUCAUAAAUUUAUCAAGGUAAAUAUUUUAUUCUACAGGUUGUGAAAUACUGGCCCGAGAAGGGUAAAUCGGGAUUCAUUGUGUGGAGAUACCUUCUACGCAGAGAUGACGAGGUACUGUGCACCGUUUGGAUGAAAGUUGUGUAGUCCUUGUUGUUAAUUGAGUGAAUACUGACUUCUGAUUGGAUAAAAUUAUGUGGGAGUCACGCAGUACUCGGGAGUUAAGUCACGUGUUGCAAAACAAGUUUACCCUGGGCCGGUCAAACGAGCAACAUGUACAGAUUUUGUUGCAAAAGCAGGGUUCGUAAAGGUCAUUGAAAACCUGGCAAGUCACGAAAUUGAAAAAUUUCAUUUCCCAGGACUGGAAAGUAAUCGAAUUUAACUGUACACCCCCUACCCUCCCCCCCCCCAAUUAAUUUUCGUACGGUUAAGUUGGUUCGCUGUGAACGUGUGAACGCACGAACUAUCAUCCGGGCGAAAAUUUCUUCGGCGUCGAUUAAUGUGACACUGAUUCACUCAACAGACGCCUGCUCCAUGGACAAAAGAGGGAAAGAAGUUAAUACAGGAGCUUGGACUGAAGAUGCAGGUGCGACAAACUUUGUAACCCUGUAACUCUCGAGAAUCAUUUCAUCACUACAUAAACCGGGCCGGGGUUCUGCAGAGUUGGACUGUCCUCCUAAUGCAGUAAUAGGGAGCUUAAGCAACUACGAUGACGACGACAACUUCAAAAAACAAUUGGUUUAAUGUUCAAAACAACAGCUCUGCACGUGCAUCACGCUUUUCAGUACAUUUCUUUGACGUCCACUGCACGACUACGACGUCAAACCUCCUAAUUUGACGUUUUAUGGAGGACGUGGACAUACGACGACAAAUUUUCCUUCCUCUUUUUGAACCUGAGUAAAAUCCUUAAGAAUUCAACUCCAGGAAAAGUCGCCUACAUUUGACAUUCUUGGCGGGUACAAUUAGACGUGAUUAGGUUUGAAAGAACUCAAAUUCAUUUUUUUGGCGACGUUUCCACUGCCGUCGUCGUCGUCGUUGCUUAAGGUCUCUAACACCAACGGCAAUUGGUUUAGAAAAGCAAAACAGCAACUCUUCACGUACAUCACGCAUUUUUCUGUACAUUUCUUUGCUGUUGUUGCACGACCACGGCCCCGUAAUAUCCAAGGACAACCAUUCACCAAUCAUUGCAGUAAUUAGCUACCCCAACGACGGCGAUCACUGGGUAGGAACAAGAGCCAUAAUAGGACAGAGAGGGAGUCUCCCACUCACGCCUUUGGGAUAUCUUGAUUUCAAAAAAGUUAUUUUUAGAACUAUGGGGACCAUGCGGAAACAGUUUCUGGUAAACUGGUUGACUUCCGGAAGAUUCAGCACGCCAAAGCGAGGCGGGGUCAAUAAAUGAAAAAAAAUGGCUGCCUAAGUGGAGGGACUACUAUGGCUCCUGGUAAGAAAUUUAUUGAAUUAUUUUGUCAGUAUCCUGAAGGUUUUCUGGAGGCGCAAGCUAAGAAAGAGGAAGAAAAGAAAAAACAACAGAAAGAUAAAGAGCAAGACAAGGAAUCGGAAAAAGGCAAAGGGAAAGGAAAGGGCAAAAGAAAACGAGAUGAAGGUUACUGCUGCAUCUUACUUUUAAUUACUUUAACAAUUUUAAAAUGUAACCUUCUUAACCCUUUAAGUCCCAACAGUGACCAACAGCAAUUUUCUCCUAAUAAUAUCCAUACAUUAUCAUGAGAUGAGGUUAUGAGAAUUCAUUAAAUGAUCACCUAAGAGAAAAUACUUUGAUCUUUUAUCAAAUUCUCUCAACUCAUUCUUUAAGGAAAUGUAUAGAGAUCAGUUUAAAGAAUUUGUACGUGGAUAUUGGGGCUUAAAGGGUUAAAAGGUCCCAGAUUUUUCAGUAUCGUAGCUUUCGACUGUAUCGCACAGUUUUCAUCAGCAAUGAACUCUCAGUGCAGUGUUAUCACGUCAAUUAGUCACCUGACAACAAAUGAUUAAAUAAUAACCCCAAGGGUUAUUAUUAAGGGUUAGGGUUGGACGCUGGCAUCUGACACUGAUGGGCUCCUGGUCAAGAAUCUUCAUCCAUUCCCAGUCGAUCUCAUGGCUGGCUUUGGACUGGUGUUCCCAGAUUGCGGAUGUUGUUUGCGUUUAGUGUUCGCCCAGUGUCCAAGAAAUAUUUACCCCUUAUGUAAAAUUAAAGGAUUUCAGAAUAUUGGUUAAAGAAAAUUGCUACUUAAAAAGUCCUGGGUAAGAUUUCCUGCUUGUAACGGCAAACGAAGGUAUCUCCCAAGAUGUCUAAAUUAAGGAUUAGAAGGAGAAGGUUGGGUAAGGUUGUCCUUCUUUCAACAAAUUCAACAAUUUGAGGUAUACAUCUUUACUUAGAAUAAGCUUGCGUGGUAGGUGAUCUUAAAGGGAAAACGGUGCGCACAAGAGCAUCUGCCACAAGCUAACGAAAAUUUUAUAUUGUUGAAAAUUGUUUUUUGAGGAUCUAGCGGAAUUUCAUGUGUUUUUCAAAGGUGAAGCUAGUCCGCAAAAGUCGCCUCCUUCGAAGAAGAAAGGAUACAGAUUAACAGCAGAAACAAAGGCGUUACUUGAUGCUGAUACGGCAAAUUCAAAGCUUUGGACUGAAGUAACGACGGCACUUCAAGACUAUCCCGUGAGUAUUGUGCUUCUUAGACACGCUUCUAAAUUGAGUUGAACCCAUCGCACCUCAGUUCCCGACCCCGGGGGGGACUCCCAUUUGAAAGGGGCGGGGAUGCUCGUGGGAAAUUUUGAAUUAAACCCCUAAAGGAGACCAGUCUGUGCUUGGUCCAACCUUGUUUGACCCCUAAAAGAGACCGUUUCAAAGUUUGAUUACAUUAAUCGAGUAAAUGAAUUGAAAAUAUAUAAUUUUUUUCAUAUUUCUUCGCGUGCAACCCUGAAAGAGGCUAAUUAUAAUGGCGUUUUCAUUUUGUUUAUUUAUUUCGCUGUCAAUAUCAUGAGCUUCCGUGUACUGACCGUCCAUUGCCAGAUAAGCUCGCCAGAGGCAAUUAUAUUAUUUACUCUACUAAAACCCCUUACAAAGAUGUAUAAGCCCAGACCUUAUAAACGGCAGUUUACUGUAUUGUAUUUAGAACAAGCAGUAAAAUGGAAUUGUGUAGUAAUGUAUUUUGUUUUAUUCCUUGUAGACAUUUAUUCAAAAAGUAGAAGAGAGUUUCACUUGUAUCUGUUGUCAAGAUGUCGUUUAUCAACCAAUAACUACUAAAUGCUUUCAUAAUAUCUGCAAGGUGAGUUAUUCCUGUAUAACAGUCUCUGAAAUUGCUCAUCAAAUGUAACACUCGUCGCACUAGUCCUCGAGCGUGAGAUAAUUGCUUCCAUAAGACAAUGCUCAGAAAAUCGUCGAGGCUUUCCCUCUACUAUCACCCAUAACCUCCCACGCAGACUUUCUUAGGGCUUCGUCACGCGUUCCUGUUCCCACGAGGAAGGGGAGGAUUGCGUGACUAACCAAAAGAACGUCUACGAAGAAGGCCAUAUCACCCAGAGAGGAUUCUAUUUUGCCAACUUGGAGGCAAAAUAGACCAAUUUCGAUAUACUGAAAUUCAUACUUUGCUCCGAGGCUUGAGGGAAUAACUAAUAAUGACUAAUACAUAUCUUUUGUUUUAUUCCUCAAGCCUCGGAGCCAAGAAUGAAUUUUUCUAAGACAGUAUCGAAAUUGGUCUACAUGUGCAAAGAUUACACUUUUUCCAUCGUCGUUCGGAGACUAUCGUCAUUCCCUGUUUUAGAGUACCUUUCCUCAACAAAGCGGCUUACGGUCGUGAACAGCAAAGUUUUUUUAAAUGAGAUUGCAUUUUGUUGAUUAAUAAAUGCAUUUUGUUACAAAAUGAGUUGCUUCCUCUUAUUGGUAUUAUGUAAUAUAAUGUUACAAAUGUUAAACUGCUUUGCAUUUCAUUAUGGUACUACAUAUAUUAUGUUAUGUUGUGAUGCAUUAUGCCACAGUGAUUUACGUUGAUAUGCCAUUUCGUGACAGAACGAUACGUUACGUGAACUUUUGUUAUAUUACGUUAUGUUUUAUGCAUCAAUCGACGUAACAGAAUAUCACUCCAAGUAUUUAAGUUUGUUGCGAUGCGAUAGCAGGAUAGAAGUCAUCUUUUAGACCAGGAACGUUUAGCACAAUAAAGUAUUACAUGUUUUGUUUGUUUUGUUUUAGAGUUGUCUCCAGCGAUCGUUCAAAGCAGAGGUUUUUAGUUGUCCAGCUUGUCGUACUGAACUUGGGAAAAACUACAAAUUGACAGUGAAUACUUCUUUAGACGCUGCUCUUAAACAUUUAUUCCCCGGUUACACCAAGGGUCGGUGACAGGAAUUCACGUCUGUUGUACUUUUAAAACGUUAGGUGGCUGUUAGCUGCCUUAAUUGUGACAAGGCUUCAGAAGUAGCUCCUUCCGUCAUGUUUUCGGCAUAUGCAUAUAUAUUGUCGGAAGUCAACAGGAACUAGUUUAGCGUCGAGGUUGAUGUGGGGAUUAUGAGCAACUUUUCCCGCCACUCCCGAGAAUGC